AUGGAUCUCUUCGCUGAUGCCGGCGAUUCGUCCGGCGCCCAGGUGGAUAUCCGCACCAAGCCCGAGGAGUCGCUCAACCACUUUACAGUCAACAAAGACUUCGCCGAGCGUUACCUGCACAACAAGCAGCGUGCCGAGCUGCACCAGCUCGAGGCCAAGUAUGGCAAAGAUGCGCUGUCGGAUGGCAGCGAUGAUGACAGCGAGACCGACAGCGAGAGCGAUGUGACCGAAGAUGAGGACGGCGACCAGAUCAACGCCAACGUCGACGCCGCCAUCUUCCGCACUCUCCAGCGCAUCCGCAACAAGGACGCUGCACUCUACGACUCCAAGACGGACAUCUUCGAGCAGGAGGCUAAGGCAGCUGAGGAAGCUGCGCGCCGCUCAGGAGCUGCCGCAUCGACAUCCAAGGUCUCCAGCACGACAAAGAAGAGCAAGAAGCUCACGCUCCAGGACUACCAGCGCCAGCGAGUGCAGGAGCUCAUCGAGACCUCGGAGAAUCCUGCCGAGGCACUUGCAGAUGCGACCACAAGCGACCGCGUCAAGGGGCUCCAGGACGAGGACGAUGAUGACAAGAUGCCGUUUGCUCAGGAGCAAGAGGAGCUCCGCAAGCAGGUGUCGCAAGCUUUUCAUGCAAAUGUGGACGAAGCCGAUGAUCUGUUCGUCAAACGCUCCGAGGCAGAGGGCAGCAACGGCGGCUCGUAUCGCGAUGCGGUGAUUGCCUCGCUAGGACCCGAUGCCAGCGAGGACAUGGUGCGCGAGGCCAUCCGACGCAAUCGCGAGACCGAGUCGUCCGAGGCCGUCGCAUCUACCAGCACCGACCCCAACGAGCAGAAGGCCAACGAAGACUUUCUGCUCAACUACAUUCUCAACCGUGGCUGGAUCGACAAGUCGGCAGAGGAGAGGCCAGCUAAGCCGCGCCUGUCCAAGUCGCUCCUCAAGUCGAAAUCCACCGAUGCAACAGGGGACGACAAGCAGGACGACGAUGAGGCAGCAGGCGAAGUGGCAACGUCCUCGAACGCAUACGGGCGCGAUUGGGAGGCCGAGGCUGCCGAACUCGAGUCGGAAGCUUCGUUUGACUCGAUGGCCGACGCGUUCGAGACGGCCUACAACUUCCGAUUCGAACAGGGCGCCGAAUCGCUGACGAUCCCGACCUACUCGCGAACGCCCAAGGACUCGGCGCGACGCACAGACAACACACGCAAGCGCAAGCGAGAAGAGCGCGCGGAGCGCAAGGAGGAGGAGAAGCGUCAGAAGAUGCAGGAGCUCGCGCGGCUCAAGAACCUUAAGCGCCAGGAGAUCGUGGACAAGCUCAAGAAGCUGCGCGAGGUGACUGGGUCCAGUGUCGAGGAUCUGCAGGGUCUCGACCUUGAGGGUGACUUUGACCCGGACGCGCACGACAAGGCCAUGCAGAAGGCGUUCGGCGAUGGAUACUACGAGGGCGAGGACGGCGACGAGAAGCCGACCUGGGACGACGACAUUGACAUUGACGACAUCAUUGAGGAGCACGAAGCUGCCACGGCCCCGACCAAGAAGGGCAAGAAGGCGAAACCCGCGCACGAUGCCGACGAGGACGACGAGGGACGCAUCGAGAUGGAUGCCGACUUCCUCGACGGAGACGACGGUGGGGAGCAGGGGGCGGCUGGGUCCAAAGAGGCUGCUAUCCGCGCGCGCCUGGCGGACAAGAAGCUGAGCAAGAAGGACCGCAAGAAGCUCAAGAAGAAGCUCAAGGCGGCGCUGUCCAAGGGCUCGUCUGCACCAGCCGACGGCUCGGACUCGGAAGCCGACGGUGUCGACGAGUCCAUCAUGGACGCCGACCGAGCCGGAUCGUCAUCGAUGCCGACCUCUGCAGAGGACAAGAAGAAGAUGGCCAAGGACAUGAUUGAUUCGUACUACAACCUCGACUACGAAGACAUGAUUGGCGACCUGCCCACGCGCUUCAAGUAUGCCCAGGUGGCACCUGCCGACUACGGCAUGUCGGCCGUCGACAUCUUGCUCGCCGACGACGAACAGCUCAACCAGGUGGUGGGACUCAAGAACCUCCAACCCUAUCGUCGCGGCAAGAACCGUCCGAUUGACCUGGGCAAGCGUCUGGGCACCUUCCGAAAGGAGGUCUACGGAAACACCUCCAAGACGCCCGACGGUGCCGACAAGCCGCAGAAGAAACGUCUGGGCAAGAAGGAGCGCAACCGUCUCAAGGCCGCCGAGUCCGAGCCAAGCAAAGACGCCUAG